AUGAGUCAAAAUCAAGUAAACAUAAAAAAGGAUGAGCAUAAAAAGAAAGAAAAAGAAAAAGAUGGGCAAAAGAAAAGUCCUGAAAAAAACAUGUCGGAGAUAGAUGAACACAUUCUAAAGAGGUUUGAUAUAAAAAAGCGACUUGGCAAAGGCGCUUAUGGGAUCGUUUGGAAGGCAGUUGAUAAAAAAAGUAAAGACGUUGUGGCUAUUAAAAAAAUAUUCGAUGCGUUCCGAAACCAAACAGACGCCCAAAGGACCUUCAGGGAAAUAAUAUUUUUGCAAUCGUUCAGAAAUCAUCCGAAUAUAGUAAAACUUCAUAGCAUUCACAGGGCCACAAACAACCGCGAUAUCUACCUCGGCUUUGAGUACAUGGAGACAGAUCUACACAACGUGAUCAAACGCGGCAACAUACUGAAGGAUGUGCACAAACGAUACAUUAUGUACCAGAUGUUGAAAGCGACUAAGUACAUACACUCUGGUAAUGUGAUACAUAGGGAUCAGAAGCCGAGUAAUGUGCUUAUUGAUAGUGCCUGCAGGGUAAAGCUUGCGGACUUCGGUCUGGCACGAUCUGUGUCAUCCAUGUAUUCCGGGGGAGAGGAGGGAGCGGACCCUUGCCUGACUGACUACGUCGCGACGCGUUGGUACCGGGCACCGGAAAUACUCAUUGCCAGUAAGAACUACACAAAAGGCAUAGACAUGUGGUCGCUGGGUUGUAUCCUGGGCGAAAUGUUAACGGGUUCUCCGCUCUUCCCGGGAACGUCCACCGUCAAUCAAAUUGAGAGAAUCAUGGCUGCUCUACCAAGGCCCUCGUCGGAAGACAUAGCAGCGGUAUGCACCGGCUACGGCUCCUCGCUCAUACGCGAGCAAGCGUCGUCUAAAGCGGGUGUGACGUCACUCUACAGCAUGCUGGCCUGCGCGCCUCGUGACGCGUCUGACUUGGUUCAGCAGUUACUGGUGUUCAACCCGGCGAAGCGACUCAGCGCUGAGAAAGCGUUGCACCAUGAAUAUGUGGCGAAAUUCCAUAGAGAGCGAGACGAACCAACGCUGCCUUCCGAUGUGCUGCUCCCACUGAGAGACGACAAGCAAAUGUCGGUAGACGACUAUAGGAACAAAUUAUAUAGCAUCAUGGCCAAAGGCUUCCAGAAUAGUCCGCAGUUGAAGAAAAGUCAUUCUAGCAUAAAAACACACACGCUGACAACACCCAUAAAAAGCAAGAGUUUCCAAGAGCAUUCGGACAUCAAGCAGCACAAGACAAAACUGACGUCAUCAGCGGACACUAAAAGCAGACCAAAGCUGUCCAAAACCCUGGACAGACCGGUCAAAGAAUUUAGAUCGUACCAAACUAUAUCCGAGAAGGAGAAGAUUGCGAAACCGGUUAGGGCGACGAGGCUGUUCGAGCACCAGGAUUGGUUGGGUGCGAAUUGCAGGGGCGAUUACUUGGAUUUCUUUCAACCAGUGCGGCAGAGUCCGUCGGAUUCGAAGAAACACCUUCAGCAAAGAAGGAAUUCCACGUCGUUCUCGACAAUCACCAUCGGGGAGUCUGAGCUGGAUUACGGGAAGAAUUCUAGACAUGGAGUGAUCACGGCAAGCGCUUUGAUGGACCUCAGGACUAGCAUACGGUAGUUUGGUCGA